AAAACGUAACCAGAUACGUACAUAAUGGAAUACUUAUAAUUUCUAAUACGCAUUGUAUAAAUACACUAGACAUGCGGCUAUCGGCGAGUUUACCAAAUAUUUGUCAGUGGGUACGCACGAUGGAUUGGAAGUUAUUAACUAUUUUAAGCAUGGUUUGGUGCGUAACAGCGCGUUCACCAAUCGCUACUUCUGAACAGAAGUUUGUUCAAUAUUUCAAAGACGAACCGAAAAAAAUAACAUACGUUGGAUCUGACAAAUCUGAAAAUCAUGAGGAAUAUGUCAACACGUAUCCCUGGUAUGAGUUCUCUUAUAAAAUAUCUGAUCCUAGUACGCACGAUUAUAAAGGACAGGAAGAAAAAAGAAACGGUGACAAGGUUAAUGGAGAUUACUGGCUUGUAGAACCAGAUGGUCGAAAACGAAUAGUCAAGUAUCAUGCUAAUGAUAAAAUUGGAUUUAAUGUUCUUGUGGAUUAUUUGCAAAAAAAACGUCCCUAUCCGUCUCAGCUAAAAGAUCAAGAGAGUGGGGAAAAUGUGAGCGAAGCACAAAGCAACAAAGACGAUGAAGAAAAAUCGAGUAACCAAGAAAAUGAAUCUCAAAAUACCAUUAAAGAUAAAAGUUCAAAUGAAAACCGCAAUUCUAAGGAAAAUAAUGAUGCAAAGGUAUUACAAGAAACUGAAGAUCCAAAUAAAAAUAAAUCUGGUGAAGACAAUGAAGGAACACAAUCGCGUAAACAAAGCGAAGAGAAAGUUAUCUCUAAGUCACAGAUUCAAAUAAGCAGUAAGGGAAAAGCCGAUGGCAUAGUGAAACAAAAUACGAGACAAAGGCCUUAUUGGAAAAAUGAAAAUAAAAUUAACAACAACGACCAAAAUACUCAAUUGCAAAGUAAGCAUAACGAAGAAGGCUCUAACGAGGAAAGAAAAGAAUGGGAAAAAAGAACACAUAUAACAUACAACAAAAAACAAGAAAAAAAGACCGAGAGCAAGAAUUCAAAGGAAGCAAAUAAAGAAAAUGAAACAGAAUCCAACAAUUUAGAGAAAUUACCCGAAAAAGAAAAACCGAUAAGCAAGGGAUAUGAAGUAUACGAGGUGAUCAAUGAAAAUAGUGAUGAAAAUAACAACGUUUCACAGAAUAAUCAAGAAAAUGGAGAAGAAUCGGAGGAUAAGAAUUCUCAACAAAAUACAAUGAAUGGUAGCAUAGAAAAGAGUGAGAAUGAAACAAAUAAUAAAAGCCAAAGUGGUGAAAAUAAAGAUAAUAAAGAAGAGAUAUAUGGAUAUAACACCUUUAUAUAUCACAAACGGCGCCACUAGUCUUGGUAACCGAAGUUUGAAAAAUAAACAUUGUGAUAAUCUAA